AUGGAGAGGACGCACGCGGCGCCCAGCCGCCCCGCCUCACCAGGCUCGGCUGGCCCGCCCGGUGCCUUGUACCAGCACGCGGCGCCCGGCCGCCCCGCCUCACCAGGCUCGGCUGGCCCGCCCGGUGCCUUGUACCAGCACGCGGCGCCCGGCCGCCCCGCCACACCAGGCUCGGCUGGCCCGCCCGGUGCCUUGUACCAGCACGCGGCGCCCGGCCGCCCCGCCUCACCAGGCUCGGCUGGCCCGCCCGGUGCCUUGUACCAGCACGCGGCGCCCGGCCGCCCCGCCUCAACAGGCUCGGCUGGCCCGCCCGGUGCCUUGUACCAGCACGCGGCGCCCGGCCGCCCCGCCUCACCAGGCUCGGCUGGCCCGCCCGGUGCCUUACUCGGCUAUACUGAGUCUGAAGCAUGCCGUGAUGCGGAUGACAUGGUGCUCCGCAGCCCAUCGAACAACGGUCUCCAGAAGCUACUUUCAGUCAGUGAGCAUUAUGCCAAUGCUCACGGGCUGAAGUAUAACGUAUCUAAGACGGAGAUGUUGGUGUUUAGGGCUGGCAGAGGUCUGGAGAGGGUCCCUGAGGUGGUUAAAGACCAGGCCUGGCCCACCAAAGAGUGGAAAUAA